AUGACUCAGAAUUAUCAGCACAUCCUGGCUUUGGUAUUUGCCGUUCAGGAGAUCAAUGAAAACCCCCAACUGUUACUUAACAUCACGCUUGGCUUCAGCCUCUUCAACAACUAUUUCAGCACAAGCAGGACCUAUCAGGCCUCCAUGGAACUCCUCUCUGCACGGGGCAGAUUCAUCCCCAACUACAGGUGCAGCUCCCUCAGCAAUCCAGUGGUUGCCAUCGGGGGACCAAGAGCAAAUUUUUGUCAUGACAUGGCAACCAUUCUGAGCACCUACAAGAUUCCACAGGUAACAUAUGCUUCUACUCCACUUAAGAAUGACCAAAGCCAACCUGCUUCUUUCCACCAUAUGUUUCCAAAUGGAGCCCAUCAAUAUAUGGGGAUUCUCCAAUUACUGCUGCAUUUCAGUUGGACAUGGAUUGGGGUGAUGUAUACAGAUGAUGACAAUGGGGAAAUUUUUGUACACGAUGUGCUUCCCAUGUUUUUCAAGAGAAACAUCUGCUUUGAUUUCAUAGAAAAUUUUCCCUCUGUAAAAUUUUCCACUGCAAUUGCAGAUAUGAUAUCAGAAGGGAGGGACUCGUUUAUUGUUGCCAUGAGAAGCUCAGCCAAUGUAGUAGUUGUCUAUGGUGAAAGUGAAACCAUGGCAGUUGUGAGAACAUUGCUGCACUUCUUAGCAUUUGACGAUGAACCCGUGAAGACAAAAGUCUGGAUUAUGACUGCUGAAAUGGAGUUCACAUCACUUGCUUUUCAAAGAGGGUGGAGCAUACAGUACAUCAAUGGGGCAAUCUCUCUUUCAGUUUCUUCCAAGAAGUCGGUUGGAUUCGAAAAAUUUAUUCAGAUGAGAAACCCUACAGUGGACAAUGAAGAUGGCUUUAUAAAAGACUUCUGGGAAAAGGCAUUUGCCUUUACUUUGUCUGAACCCAUGGAGGAGGCGAAUGGAGAGCAAAUUUGCACUGGGUGGGAGAAACUGGAGAAUCUUCCCAAGACCGUUUUUGAAAUGAGCAUGACUGACCACAGCAACAGUGUGUAUGAUGCUGUCUAUGCUGUGGCCUAUGCCUUACAUGCUAUGCAUUUACAUAGAUUCAAACAGUCAGUCAUGGGCAAUAAAGAAAAGAAUAAGCUUCUGAAUCAACAGCCAUUUCUGACGCUGCCCCUUUCCCUGUGUAAUGAGCCAUGCCUGUCGGGUCAGAGUAAGACAAAGAAAGAAGGGAAACCAUUUUGCUGCUACGAUUGUAUUCCAUGUCCACAAGGGAAGAUUACAAACCAGAUAGACAUGGAUGACUGUUUCCAGUGUCCUGAAGAUCGUUAUCCUAACAGACACCAAGAUUCAUGCCUUCCCAAAGACGUCAGCUACCUGUCUUAUGAAGAGCCUUUAGGGACUAGUUUGGCUAUUUUGGCUUGGGUUUUCCGGGCUGUCACAGCUUGGGUCUUGGGAACUUUUGUGAAGCACCAAAAUACGCCUAUUGUGAAAGCCAACAACCGCAGCCUCUCCUACAUUCUCCUCGUCUCUCUCUUCCUGUGCUUCCUUUGUGCUUUGCUCUUCAUUGGAAGACCUGAGAAAGGGACCUGCCUCAUCCGUCAAGCUGCAUUUGGCAUAAUUUUCUCAGUGGCUGUUUCUUGUGUAUUGGCCAAAACCAUCACUGUGAUUCUCGCCUUCGUGGCUACCAAGCCAGGGUCCAGGAUGCGGAAAUGGGUCGGGGGAAGACUGGCUUGGUCGAUAGUAAUUUCCUGCUCGCUCUUUCAAACCACUCUCUGUUCUGUGUGGGUUGCAACCUUUCCUCCCUUCCCCCAUUUUGAUAUGCACUCAGAAACUGGAGAAAUCAUUGUGGAAUGUAACGAAGGGUCAGUGGCCAUGUUUUACUGCGUCUUGGGUUUCAUGGGGUUGCUGGCAGCUGUGAGCUUCACUGUGGCCUUCCUAUCCAGAAAGUUACCAGAUAGUUUCCAUGAAACCAAAUCCAUCACCUUCAGCAUGCUGGUCUUCUGCAGCGUGUGGAUGACCUUUGUUCCCACCAACUGGAGCACCAAGGGGAAAUAUAUGGUGGCUGUGGAAGUCUUCUCCAUCUUGACCUCCAGUGCCGGCUUAUUGGGAUGUAUCUUCUUCCCCAAAUGCUACGUCAUUGUGCUGAGACCUGACCUGAACAAGAAGGAGCAACUCAUAAAGAGAAGCAAAUAA